GUUCGAUUCCUGUCUCACUCCAUACAACUCGUUCCAUCAUCAACCAGUUCCCGGUAAUAAGGCAACAUGGCAGCGAAGGGAUCCAACAUUCCCAUCUUGAAAAGAAACAUGAAACUUCGUUCUCAUUUCUCAUGGAUUUAAUUAGACUCGAUCCUGAACCGACGUGUGCCCCAUAAUUCCAAAAUGUUUGAUCAUCAAACCAAGGUGGUAGUAUUACUGUAUUACAUCUGCUUCAACCCAAUCAGAUCCUCAUUUGUUCUUGGAGUAAUUUAAAAUCCAAUACCCUAAGACGCUCUAUCGUCUAUGUUGUGGCCCCAAGUUCAUUUAAUUUCGUGUUUAAAUCCGGCAUCACUUCAGACCCUUGGAUUGUCCGCGCAAUCGCCUAUGAAUAGUUCGCAGAUCUUCCUAUCAUAUGUUAAUGAAAUAUUCAUCACGCUCGUGUCCAAUUCUAUUUUUUUUUUACCUUUCUUUGACCAGCUUCGUUGGCAUUCAUAUAGCGGAUCUAUACUAGAAGUGGACUGAUGCGUUUCCAAAGUACAUUAGUACAUUAGUGCUCGUAAUUUAUAUAUAUUGAGCGGAGAGUGGGCCAUGUCCAUCUCACACGCAUACACAUACUAGUAUACUACUAGGAGUAUGCCC